CAUUCAAUUAAACAUGUGCGACAAAUAUUGCGAAAUAACCGGGAAUAAAUCUGCUUUAAAACAAGCUGGUGGUAGUGACGAGAUCAAUUCACCUACGAUUAAGAAUAAUUUAGCUGACAUUAAAGAGGCUAUGACUGAGAUGAUGUCCAGUUUUAAGACUGAACUUUUAAGUCAGUAUCCCAGGUCAAUCAAGAUUUUCAGCAAGUAG